AUGGCAGAAAAGGAUGAAGAUUUCCAGAUCCGGAGGGAUGCCAAAAUCAUCAAAUAUCUACUGCCGUCAAUAGGCAUUGAGGAAUAUGAACCUUGUGUUGUUGACCGAAUGCUAGAGCUAUGGUACAAAUAUGCCGGUGAUGCAUUGACACAGCAUGCCGGCAAGGGCAAGGUUUUAAUCGACUCUGAUGACAUUAAAGCUUGUGAUUCAGUCAAAGGUCAACGUCACCUUCUCAUAACCUCCUCCUCCCCCAGGAGGCUAAUCUGCCUGGAAGCCAGUCUUGCUAGAGCUGGCAAAAAACAGAAACAAGAUUCCAUUACCCCCAGAACAGUGGCAGGACCCGGCACCCUCCUCCCAUCUGAACAGACUCUGAUUUCCCCAAAUUACCAGCUUGCAAUUCCAGAGAAGCAAUCUUUGGAAGAAGCAGAGCAGGAUGAGGUAGCCAAGCUCAACCCAUCUCUAGAGCAGAGCACGGAGUUGGAGGAAGAAAUGGAAAUGAAUGAUUCUUGGGAGGAGUAG